ACACAGCGACAUUUUUGCUGAAUUGAGCCGUUUUUGCACCUGGAGGACGGAGGAAUUGUGCCACAUUGGAGCUUUCCUGUGCGCGUCAGCGGGCGACACAAAAGACUACCCACACGCAAGAUUCAGCCGUUUCCUGAAUGCCUAUCCUCACGUGGCAUAAAUGAGAUAUUAACAGCUGGUGAAUUUAUAACCUGUUCUCACAGAUCCUAAUAAACCCAGAAACGUGUUUUGGGGAGUCGGUGGCCCUGAGGCGCGCACAAAUCCCUCUGAUGUGGAUUUGUCACACUUUGUCAGUCUUUUAAAUGGCUAAAGCCGGAAAUCUUCUUCCGACUGGACUCUAUUUGAGGAGUUAAAACUUUUACUGUUUGUGUCUCGAACGGCGCUUCCCACUUCGACACGAAUUAUGACCGAAAACAAUGAGAUAGAGUGCGACUCGGAGCUCCAGCGCUCUCCAAGCAAUAUGCCCAUCCAACCAGUGACUUCCAAGCUCCAGAGACUAAAACGCUCAUUGUCCUUCAAGACCAUGAUGCGCAGUAAGAGCGUGGAGAACUUCUUCCAGAGGUCCUACAGCGAUGCUCGCCUGCCCCAGGAUUUCAUCACUGACCCGCCGCCUCCGUCCCCUCCUCUGCUGCCUGGCUCCCCACUUGUUGGUGACCGGUCACCAUCAAUUUCACCAUCUCGCAGCCCCAACCCCUCCAUCUCCUCCCACUCGCCCUCACUCAGCCUUUCUCCAUCACUGCCCGCCAAGCCUCCCCGACCCCAGAUUACCCACUGUUUCCAGGACCACAUCUUUCGAAAGCCCACCAACUGCCAGCAUUGCAAGCACAUGAUAGUAGGAAACUCCAAACAAGCUCUACGGUGUAAAACGUGCAAGAUGGCUGCUCACCUGUGGUGCACCUCAGAACUAUCGCAGCAGCCGUGUCAUGGGAAGUCGGGAGCAUUCAAGCGAAACUUCAGCUCGCCGAUGCUCGUCACUGACCAGUUGGCUGUCGUCAAGGAAGUUCAGCCAAGCCAAGAGGCACCGCGGAUGCGAGUAGACCCUGUGUAUGCCGCCUUGCGCUACGGGACGUCCUUGGCACAGAUGAGUCGCUCCAGUUUUGGCAGUUUGUCAGAAUCACCAACACGCAGCUUGGGGGAGGGAGGAGAGGAGAUGCAGCAGAGACAGUCCAGCAUGGAGGAAGAGUUAACUCAGGAAACAGGGGACGCUCCUAUCCCUGAGCCAGAGAUCGAAAAGGAGGUAGAAGAGAGCUGCGAACAGACUCAGACUGCAGAGGAGAAGGUGCCCAAGCGCAUUGAAGUCCACUCUAUCCACACCUAUGUAGCGCUCUACAAGUUUCUGCCUCAGGAACCAAAUGACCUGGAACUACAUCCUGGUGAUCGGGUGCAGGUCACUGACGACUCUAAUGAGGAGUGGUGGAAGGGUAAAUGUGGCGACAAAGUUGGUUUUUUCCCUGCCAACUUUGUGCAAAGGGUCCGACCCGGAGAGAGAGUGUGGCGGGUUAUUCAGGGUAAUCCCGGCAACCGAGAGAGAGGACACAUGGCUGUGAGGGAAUCCCAGAUUUGUGUGGGGAAACGAGAAGAGGGUGAGGUGUUUCUAAAGCUGAGCAGUGGAAAGAAGAAAGGGCUGGUCCCAGCUGAUUCCAUAGAGGAGAUUUGAACCUUUGUGCACAGACCACCAUCUUUCCACAUCUACUUUCCCCAGGGAUGCACCCAUUUUAAAACUACCCCCCUUCUGCCUCAUUCCCCUGGCUAAACAACUGCUCCAGCCUCUCCAACUGGUCAGCCAAACACAGAAAAACUAAAAACAUAAUACACACUUCUGCAAGGAUCUGGAACCACAGCCCCUCAUAAACACAUGGUUUCCAGUUCAGCUGGUUGAUUGUAAGCCUUUAAUGGUGGGGGCAGUUAUGCAAUUGCCCUGCUCUAGUUCUCUUGUAGGUUUAUCUUUUCAAAGCCAAUAAAUCGAUGUUUAGUAGACAAGGGUGGUCAAAAAUGCUUUAAAAUGUCUGCUGGAUGCCAGCUCAGAUUUAGUUUUUCCUCAUCAAAAAGACGUCUACCAGCGUGGGAGGAGGCUGAAUCCUGUCAUGGGAACAUGAUGCUUCUAUCAGUGUCCUUUUCUUGUUUCUACCCACUCCGUGUGUCUCAUUCCUAUCUGCUAAUUUCAGGGUCUCUGCCCUGGGGACUGAUAUCAGCUUCGUGUAGACUGCUACAACAAUAGGCACUUGCCAAGAACAACCACUGCCAGCUAUGGAAUGCUACUGCCAUUUAGACAGACGGCAGGAUAAGAUGAAAGGAAUACACCAGAUCUGAAAAUUGUCUGUAGUUUCUGGCUGAGUUACGACUGCACUCAACGAUUUGAGAGUGCAAAAAGAAGAGGUCUUUCACCGAAAAAUCGAAAACUGAUUCUUUUCAUUAUGAAAUGACAAUUAAAGUAUGCUAUAAAAAUUCUCCAGCAUCUUUUAAUUUCUGGUAUGAAAGCCUGUCAAACCCUGUGAACAUCACUAUUUACCCAAAGACUCAGAGUUUACCUUUUCGACUAUCCUUAAAACAAAAACAUGAACUCCCAGGAAUUGCCUGAAAAUUUUUCCUUUCUUUUAAGUAAAAUUUUAUAGAUUAUUAUGUCUGUCCACUUUUGAGACACAGCUGUGUUUGUCUACCGUCCUUAUUCUGUUGUGUUACUAUUUUACAAACAGAUGAGGUAAAA